AUGACAGCCUCUCUUACUUUGGCUGCUCCAGCUUCGAAUGGAGUAAACCUGGGCGAGAGACAGUCUACGGAUAGGCUUGUCUUUUGUCACUUUAUGAUUGGCAUUGUAAGCGAUCGUACCAGUGCCUCGGACUACGAUGAUGAUAUGCAACGAGCCAAAGCACUUGGUAUCGAUGCCUUUGCGCUGAAUAUUGGAGUGGACCCCUACACGGACCAGCAACUCGGAUAUGCCUACCAGUCUGCGGCCAACAAUGGCAUGAAGGUCUUCAUCUCCUUCGAUUUCAAUUGGUACAGUCCAACAAGCGGUGCCAGUGCUGUCGGCUCCAAGAUUGCUCAGUAUGCGAAUGAGCCUGCUCAGCUGAAGAUUGAUGGCAAAGUGUUUGCUUCUUCAUUUGCUGGGGAUGGUCUAGAUGUUGCUACUAUGAGAUCUGCCGCCGGUGUGCCUGUCUUUUGGGCUCCCAACUUCCAUCCUGGUCAGUCUGAUUUUAGUCAGAUUGAUGGAGCAUUGAAUUGGCUUGGUUGGCCAAACAAUGGUAACAACAAAGCACCAACUCCAGGAGCCAAUGUCACCGUUGAAGAGGGGGACGCUUCGUAUAUCUCUGCCCUUGCUGGGAAGCCCUACAUUGCACCUGUUUCUGCAUGGUUUAGCACUCACUAUGGGCCCGAAGUUUCUUACAGUAAGAAUUGGGUGUUUCCAUCCGAUCUCUUGUGGUACACGCGCUGGAAUGAGGUUCUCACUCUGGGUCCCCAAUUCUUGGAAAUUAUCACUUGGAACGAUUAUGGCGAAUCCCAUUAUAUUGGCCCCUUGAGUUCACCACAUUACGAUGAUGGAAACUCCAAAUGGACAAAUGACAUGCCUCACGAUGGCUGGCUCGACAUGGCCAAACCAUUCAUCGCAGCUUUCCAUGCUGGUGCAACCUCUGUCGACCCCUAUAUUACCAGCGAUCAGUUGAUCUACUGGUAUCGCCCAACUCUACGAGGACUCGACUGUGACGCGACGGAUACUACCAUGGUCGCAGCGAACAACGCCAGCGGGAAUUACUUUGAAGGACGACCCAACGGGUGGGAGGAUAUGGAAGAUUCAGUCUUUGUCGUUGCCCUGCUCACAUCCCCUGGCACUGUAACCGUAACCUCCGGCGGAAAUACUCAGAGCUUCAAUGCUCCCGCUGGGGCCUCAGCUUUUCAAGUCGACAUGCAAGUUGGACAACAACAGUUCGCACUUACUCGCGGAUCAACCACCGUACUCAGUGGCGUCUCCCUUAAAGACGUCUCCUCGAUCUGUAUCUGCGGCAUCUACAACUUCAACGCCUACGUUGGGUCACUUCCUGCAGGCUUUUCAGAUCCUCUGGCUCCCGAUGGCCUCGCAUCACUCACAGCCGGUCUCCACGUCAGUACCUGUUCCGCGACACCCUCCCUUGGCACGGCUCCCGCAGCCCCAAUCACAACCCCAUCUGUUUCGACCACGUCCCCAGGAUCCCCGAAAACCACAAGCACAACAACGAGUACUACCACUCCCCCUCCUCCAGUGACCAGCAGCAGCUCCUCGAGUCCCCCCGCUGCCCCACCAACAUCCACGAGCUCUUCUGCCCCCAGCAGCCCUAGUAGCAGCGGGACAUGCAUCGCCGGCACCGGGUCUGGGAACUACGUCGGCUUGUGCAGUUUCUGCUGCAAUUACGGGUAUUGUCCUCCUGGGCCCUGUACCUGUACUGAAUACGGUACUGCGAUCCCGGCUCCGCCAACGACGGGAACUCAAGGGUAUCCCUUGCCCGGGGAAGAUGAUAGCUAUCUUGGCUUGUGCAGUUUUGCUUGUAAUCAUGGAUAUUGCCCAUCCACGGCUUGCACUACCAAUUGA